UUCUGCGGCAGCCAUAUCUUGCAAAACAGGGUUUUCAAGAGAUCGUUCAAAUCAAGGCUCAGGCAGCGACGCAGAACAGAUCCACUCCGGCGGCGUAGGGGGAAGUCCUGGCAGCGGCGGCGGAGGAGAAAAGAUGCACCCCGGCAGAGGAGAACAGAACUAUUGCGGCGAAGAGAAUCGCCCGGACAGACCUGGAGAAACUGGGCCCAGGAUUAUGAUGCAUCCCCCAGUCGAGGAACCAGAGACUCAAGAACCUGAAGCUCCAUUUUUGACUAACGAAGGUGAACAGUACUUCAUCCACCCUCAACCCAAUGCAACAGAUGGAGUGAACCCGGAGGGACCCAAUGCAACAGAUGGAGUGAACCCUGAGGGAGAAGCCAACAUGGAAGGCAGGGAGCAGGGCAACAUUAAUUACAGCCCUGGAUUCGUCCGCCGUGGCCUCUUCCACGGCCGCGGACGCCGUGGUGGUUGUGUGCUAUACUGCAGAAUGGGGAACGUUUGGCGUGCUGAAAACCAAAGUAAGAAUUAGUGUCCUAAGUGUAAGAAUUAGUAUCCUCCUAAAUGGUAAAUACUACGGAGUAAAUACUUGAGUAAAAUGCACUCACUCCUAUUCCCUUCCGUAUCAUUUCAUCUCCAAUUGAGUAGUUACAGUGCUAAAGUUCACAAAAUUGAUUGUAUCCACUGUUUUGUCCUCAGUAAACUCCUACAUCAUCC